AUGAGGUUGAUGAAGAGGAGGACAGCGUGCGCACUGAGGAUUUCAGCGCAAGAUUCCGACAGGAAAUGCUGGAACCGACGAAGCUGCACGCAGCCGGAUCUGGUGAGCCAAUCACACGUUAGAGUCGGUGAAUUUGCUGGAUUGGCUCUAGACUUCAGUGCUGCAGAUUCUGCCAGUAUCAGCAGCGAUACCACACUCCUCACCGAACCUCAGCUCACAGGCAGCCAGAACACGGACCAGAACCCCAAUGUGCUUUCUUUUAAAACUCCCAGCAGACGACUAGCAGGUGUUCCACUGAAAAGCUUCGAUUUGGUCGCGAUAGACAGCGAUCUGGACUCUGUGUGUACGGAGCGAGUACGCCACCACUUCCAGAGUACGCUCACCAACAGGAUAGCACAGGAAAGGUGUGUACAGAAUGGAUCAUGUGAAGGAAGAGCCAGCGUGAAAAGCACACAACGACCCGAAAACCAAAUACUCAGCUCUGAAGAUGAGAUGAACACUGAGUGUGUAAGGUGUUACAGAGUGCUGAGAUCUCCAGUCAGCGUCCAGCGAAGAGAGAAAAGGAACCAAAGCAGGAGGAACAACACCACCACCAGCUCAACAACUAGCAAGGGGAGAACUAAUGACGAGAUCAAAUCAGAAUUCAGCUCUGUGGAAUUGACGCUUGCUGAACUUCAGCAGCAAAAAGUGGCAGCGGUCCAGGGAGUGGAGAGGUUGAGAGAAGAGGUCGAGCAGGCUAAGAAAGAGCAACACACACUGUGUCUUAGUGUGACUCACACCAGGACACACAGUCAGCUCCUCAGGAGCGAGCUGCACAAACUCCAAGCUCAGAGGGACUCGUAUAUUCAGGAGGUCAGGGCUCUGCAGGAGAGCCAGGCUGCCUUGCAGAGACACACCACCACUGUUCACCAUGAUGUCAGCCCUCGCAGGCACACGAAUACCAGCCGUGUGUCUGCGCUGGAGAGGGAGGAGAUGGAUCGGCUUUUGGACAACGCCAGAUCCGAGCUGUUCUCCGAGCAGCGGCGCUUCAGAAACACGCUGGACUCCAUCCAAGAAAGAUUGGAGGAAGUGACCCAGGAGCUGGAGCAGAAGCAGGAGGAGAACAGGAAGCUCAGAGAGAAAUGUUCACAGCUUGAGGAGAAGCUGAUCACCGUCACAAAAACAAGACAGGAGCUCCAGGAAUCUGCACGGAGCGAACGAGUGGAGCAGGAAGGUCGGAUCGGAGCUCUCGAGAAGAUCAUUGCGCAGAAGGAGCUGCUUCUCCUGGCCACACAGGAGGAGAAGAAUCACCUCGAGAUGGAGAUCAGGGCUGGCAGAGAGGAGCACAGUGCGGCGCUAACAGCAGCGCUGACACGCGCUCAGAAACAGAAGGAAGCGGAGGUGGAGCAGCUCAGGACUCGGAUGACUCUGACCCACACUGAAGAGUUACAGCAGGUCCGUAUUCAGGUGCAUGAGAUGAAAGAGGCCGCGCUCAGAGAGCAAGCCGUCACACACACACACCACACGGAGUCUUUACACAACCACAUCCAGAUGAGAGAGGAAGAGGUGAACAGUCUAAAGGAGUGUUUAAAGCAGCAGCAGGAGGAGUUCAGGAGGAGAGAAGAGGAGCUGAGAGGAGAAACUCAAGAACAGGUGAAGAGGGCAGUGGAACGAGAGCAGCGGAAGUGGGAGGAGCAGAGGGCGGAGUCUCUCCGAGAGCAGCAGGUCAGACUGGAGAAGCAGAUGCAGGAGAUGGAGAGGAAUGGGAGAGUGGAGGUAGAGAGAGAAAAGAGGAGUGCACUGGCUCUGCAGGAUAAAGUACUGGAGCUGCAGAAGACUGUGGAGGAGUUGGACAGCGCAGCGUUGAAGCACAUGGCUGUGAUCAGAGCUCUGAGAGACGAGCACCAGACAGAGUUAUAUCAAUUGCGCAGACAGCUGCAGCAGGAGGCUGAAAGUGAAGCCGUGCGUCUGAAGGAGUGUGUGAAGCAGAGUGAGCAGGAGCUGCAGGGUGUGAGGGCACAGCUGGCUGAGUGUGAGCGUCUCCAGCAAGGGGCAGCAGUGAGACACGAACAGCUGAGUGCCGGCUGGGCUCAGGAUCUACACACAGAGUGUGUCUCUCUGCAGGAGCUGCUCACUCGUAACGGUUUCAAUGGGGACAACACACACUUCUCACACAGUGUUACAGUGAGUGAGGCGUUGCAGGUGCUUCAGUCUCUCAGGAAGUCGUUACAACACCUGAUCACCAACCUGCAGAAUCACAUCACCUCACUGAUGCACACCAAACAGCAGCUCAGUGCUGAUAAAGAGGAGGAGCUGCGUGUGCAGAGGGAGCUGUUAACAGCAGAGAAGGAGAGAGCUGUGAAUGCGUUAAGGGAGAAACUGAUACAGGAGCACAUUGAGGAGCUGAGCAGUCUGAACAGGCUGCGAUUGCGUGAGGAUGAUGAAGGUGAUGGCGUGGCGGCGCGUCUGCGCAGGCAGCUGCGAGCUAAAGACGAAGAGCUGCGUCAGGUGCAGAGGAACAUGGUGCAGUGGAAGGAAAAAACCACGACACGACUCGCACGCAAGUUUGAACAGGAGCUCACGGCUGAACUGGAGAGGAAAACCUCCAGACAGAAAUGUGAGCAGCGUUGGAGGCUGGAGCAGCUCGAGGGAGAGAUGAGGCACCUCACGGCGAGCUUCACUGAAAUUACAGACGUCCCACCAUCUUCUACUUCGUCAGCUCACAUCCCAGACGCUGUCAGCAGCCACGACUUGGACUCGUACAAACUACUGCGCCACCUCCAGAGCCGCAUCCGGCAGCUGCAGGCUGACACACAGAGCCCCACACACACCUCCACCUCCACCGCCAGAGCUGAGCGUUUAAACCGGGACCGGGGGAACACCGAGCUGGCCGGAUCCUACCUCGAGACAGUAUGUAACAUCCUACCUGGAGACAGUAUGUGACCUACUGAGAACCUUAUAAAGCUCAUCGAUAAUGAGUUUACACCUUUCCAUUUCUAUGUGCUCCAGUCUCCAAGGAAAUGUUCAGUCAAUUAAAUCCUAAGUGACACAACCGAGAUUCCAAGAGAGCGUAACUGCCCUUGUGAGUUAGAUCAUCUUUUUUUUUUCUUUUUAAUUCCUACUACCAGUAAGAAUCAACUCUUUCGACUCUUGAAGCAUGACGAUAAAUUACACUGCAAGAGUAACUACAUUAGGGGGCAUUAUGGCUCAGGUGGAUAAGGCGCCACACCAUAAAUCCGGGGACCCGGGUUCAAUUCCAACCCGAGGUCAUUUCCCGAUCCCUCCCCGUCUCUCUCUCUCCUGCUCAUUUCCUGUCUCUACACUGUCCUAUCCAAUAAAGGUGAAAAAAGCCCAAAAAAUAUCUUGAAAAAAAAAAAAAAGAGUAACUGCAUUACGUACUGUGCAAAAGUUUAA